CUGACAAAUGAUAAGCUGCUUCAUUUCUUUUGAAGGGAAACUGAAAGUCGCUACAUCGGAUCUGAGCAUAGGAAGUGUCUCUGUUAUAACUUUAGCUCAGACCGGUUGUGCAGAGAGAACUUUCACACGCUUGGACGACGCACACUUACUGCACAAGUUUCUGAUCCCAGAAUUAAAGCUGUUUCCUGAAACUCCGAGCUCCUUUACUGGAAAAAGCAAGAACAAGUCAAGUGAAAGAAGGUGCAAGAUUCUAAGCAGGAGACAUGCCUCUCGAGGGUGUAGACCCCAAAGAUGGAGACUUGAUAGAAUUUAUGCGGGAUCUUUUUCAGCACUGGGGUAUCUAUGUUGGGGGCGGUCGUGUUGUUCAUUUAACAGGCCAGGAAGGCUUCUCUUGCUUUUCUUCUGCAUUUGCCAGCACAGCCAUAGUGAAAAUGGAGCCUCUGGAGACAGUGGCCGCCGGUUGUAUUUAUAAAGUCAAUAACAAAUAUGAUGACAAAAGAAGGCCGUUGCCACAAACAAAAGUGGUUCGGGCAGCACUGGAACAAGUGGGCAAGAGGAAACAAUACAGUGUCACCAGUGCAAACUGUGAGCAUUUUGUGACGGAAUUAAGAUAUGGAGAAUCGUUCUCUCACCAGGUUGAUAUUGCUAAGACAUAUUUUGCACUUGGAGGGCUAUCUUUUGUCUUGGCCUUGGGUGUAAUGGCAGCAUUUUCAUCACUGAGGAAUAAGCAGAAGCAGUAAAGUGCCAUUAUUUCACCACUGUUUCCCCUUGGCCUCUGAGAACUGUUCCUGAAGAAAUCAAAUUCUGCCUUGAUACUGUUAUUUUCACUUCUUGUGGAGUUGUUCUCAAACUUGGCACAAUAAAGUUACCAUCAUGUCAA